AACAUAAACAACUUUUACUGCGCAAGACUAUUACGAGUUUGCUGGACUGCAAAAAAAAUGAUUAUGGCACUAGGCUCUCAAUCGAACGAAAAUCGAAUGCAGUUGAAACACAACAUUGGAACCUGCAUAGACACAAUUCAAGACAAGCUGUUCAUUCUAAGCCAAGACAUAUGGAGGUGUCCAGAGCUUGCAUAUGGGGAGAAACAGUCACACGACAGGCUCGUUCGUUUUCUCUCUGAUGAUAACUUAUGGGCGGUUGAAAGUCACUACAAACUGCCUACCGCAGUUAGGGCGACAUGGGGCCCAUUCGGUGGCAAAGACGGCGACAGAGCUUUGAAUGUGGGAUUCCUAUGCGAGUACGACGCGUUGCCAGGUAUUGGCCAUGCAUGUGGACACAACCUUAUAGCAGAAGUCGGUGUGGCUGCUGCACUAGGGCUGACGGGUGCAUUAGGAUUAGUAAGAGAACCAACAGACUGUCUGACUCCUCUCCGUGUAAAGGUGACAGUUCUUGGGACCCCAGCAGAAGAGGAUGGAGGAGGGAAGGUUGACCUCCUCCUGGCUGGGGCAUUUGAAGACAUGGAUGUUGUCUUCAUGGCUCACCCCGCUCAGCAGGAUGUUGCCUUCCUACCCUGUGUAUCCAUCACAGAUGUGACAGUGAAGUACCACGGGAAGGCGUCUCAUGCUGCAGCGUACCCCUGGGAGGGGGUCAAUGCCCUGGAUGCAGCAGUGCUGGCGUACAACAGCCUGUCAGUUCUGAGGCAGCAGCUGAAGCCAGACUGGAGACUCCAUGGCAUCAUCAAACAUGGUGGAGUGAAGCCUAACAUCAUCCCAGCCUACACCGAGCUGGAGUAUUACUUGCGCACUCCACUGGUCACGGACCUGGCUGACCUCAAAGCCAAGGCAGAGGCCUGCUUCAGGUCUGCUGCCAUGGCAACUGGUUGUCAAGUGGAGAUAACUUAUCCAAACCACACAUAUUCCAACAUCCUUCCCAACACCACCCUUGCACAGCUCUACGAAGAGAAUGGUAGAGCCUUGGGGAUUGAGUUUGUGGAAGUGCAGAACAAUUUCUCAGGUAGCAAAAAUGAAAUAAUAAUAAUAAUACUUGUAGAGGGAGUAAUAUUACUGGAGAUGAGCACUUGUCUUCACAGUCUUGUCUAUGUCUUGGCAGGUUCCACUGACUUUGGCAACGUGUCAUUUGUCGUCCCUGGGAUACACCCUUUCUUUUACAUUGGCACCGAUGCACUGAACCAUACUGAGGAGUAUACCGCUGCUGCAGGUGCAGAAAAGGCCCAGUUUUACACACUCCGGACGGCCAAGGCCCUGGCCAUGACAGCUGUGGAUGUGCUCUGCUGCCCUGAGCUGUUUCACAAGAUGAGGGUGGAAUUCUCUGAGGCCAAACUGAAGCAGGAGCAAGGACCGAAAGACAAGGACACUACUGGCUCCACACAUUCAUGAAAAAAACAAAAAACAUUGAUGACCUCGUGAUUAACAGGAAGUAUUGAUUCAAACUACCUCUAGUCAGAGGCUGCUCUGCAAUCAAUGCCAAGUUGCUCAUGAUUUUUGAAGAAUGGUAAUCAUUGUUAUCAAUGAAGCAAUUCUAAUACACCAUAAAGCAAAGUUUCUAAUGAGACGCUGCAGCAUUGCAAUUUCUGUAUUAUGUCAAUUUCCAUGUCUUUAGGCUAGUUCCAAACAUGUUCUUCCAUUUCAGAUGCAAUGACUUCCUCUUUCUCAGAAAACAUCACAUUUAUUAAAAAUAUGUUUAACAAUGAUCACAACAUAGCUUUUACAUAGGUGUGUUGAGUGAUUAUGCUCAUAUUGAUUAAAAAAAUAAGGGGUAUUUGGAGACACAAUCUCUCCUAGUAAGACAAUAAUAUAUCCAUCCUGUAGCUAUAUAUGAGGUUAUCUACGAGGUUAUAUAUUCAAACGGAUUCAAAGGGGAAUGAACUCUAAAUACCCGAAACAACUAAUACAGUGAAUCUCACAUAAUAAUAUACACGAAGAGACAUUAACUUCAAAAGUCUCAAAAUAGUGGAAAAGAAAACAGCCUAAAGUGAUUUGUAUAUUUUGGCUUCAAAUAACCUAACCGGUUUGUUUCUUAUGUAUUCGUGUCACAUGUAGUUGUGCUAUUGCUUUGAAAAUUAGCACAAAGCUCAAAUGGUUGCUUAUUACCAAGAAACUAGUGUUUAAGAUCAGAAGCAACGAUACAUAACAUCCAAAUAGUGUGUUCAUAUUUUAGAACUGCAAAUACGAAAAUUUAAAGAUAUCACCUGAAAUUCAGGCUUUAGAGUUUAAAGGGAUAGCACUCUCCGGGGCACUGUCUAGUCAUAGUCAUGCUAAGUCACUAAUAUAUACACGUCAUGUCAAGGCCCUUCACCCAGUGGGCAAGCAUUCAGAUCUAAAACCUAUCAAUGUUGUUUUUCAGUUGCUUAGUUGUCCAUUGGUCACAAUCAAUAUGACACAAUCCCAAAAAGUUUGAAUUAAUCGUGACCAUAAUAAAAUAAAAAACAUCUCAAUGUCAAAUAUAUAAUCAACAAGGGCUAUACGUUCUAUGGAAAAUAAUUCACAACAUGUGUAAACAACAUUGUAUUUCAAAAUUUGACACUCCCAAAACAUUGCAAUCAAAAAUAGUUUUUUAACCCCGAUGCACCAGUUAUCAAUAUUAAUUAGUCUGAUGUUUGAGAAACCAUAUUGUAACUGAACAUUUUCAGUGGAUGUUUAAAUAAAAAUACUGCACCCAAUUUUGUAAUGCUUGACCCGGUGGC